AUGCCUUCCCUCGGCGACACGCUCCCCUCGAUAUCCAUUCCCCCUCGUCGUAAUAUCCAGGACCACGACUCGCAAUAUCCUCACGCGCAAGAACUCGACCAUCUCCCACGUUACACAAGAGACCCCGCCGGUGCAGUAGCAGCAGAUAGACCCGAGGACCAGCACCGUUUGCUCGCAACAGACUCGUCUGAGGACGAAGAUCCUUCCAUGGCUGCCAAAUCCAGGCGGCAGCGAUCCGGAGAUCCCAAAGGGCAGGCCUCGGGAGGGUCGAGCGGGAGCGGCAGUAUGAACAACAACGUGGAAUACAGGCGCAAGAAUGCCUCACUCGAGUCCCCUGAUGUUACGGCGAAUUUGAUGUCCCGCGACUCCUUUACGUUGGAUGACCCAGUUCCAGGAUCCCCGACCUUGAAUAACCAUGGCUUUUCUCAGUUGCCAUUACAGGACCAGAAGAACUUCGGGCUGCUGGUUCUCCUAUACUUUUUGCAAGGGGUGCCGAUGGGGCUGGCACUCGGAUCUGUGCCGUUUCUGCUGAAGCCGCACAUGUCGUAUUCUGCGCUGGGUGUUUUCAGCCUGGCCUCAUACCCAUACUCGCUGAAGCUGCUGUGGAGUCCGGUGGUCGAUGCAUGCUGGAGUCCAAAGUUCGGGCGAAGGAAGAGUUGGAUCAUGCCAAUUCAGAUGAUGUCCGGGCUUGGUAUGCUCUGGCUCGGGUCAAACGUCAAGGAAAUGAUGGCUACAGCUGGUGCGGACGGUGGUGCUGGGAUCUGGGGCUUUACAGGAUGGUGGUUCUUCCUGGUUUUCAUGUGUGCAACACAAGAUAUUGCUGUGGAUGGCUGGGCAUUGACCUUGUUAACUCCAGGCAAUAUCUCGUACGCUUCAACAGCACAGACGGUUGGCUUAACUGCUGGCCAAUUCAUGUCAUACACUGUAUUCCUUGCCUUCAACUCGCCCGAUUUCGCCAACAAAUGGUUUAGAUCAUCGCCUUCAACGGAAGGUGUCAUGACUCUCGCAGGGUAUCUGACAUUCUGGGGAUGGGCAUAUAUUUUGGUCACCAUCGGCCUUGCGGUCUUCAAGAAAGAGGAGAAGACCAAGAACGAGGACGGCAUCUGGGAUGUGUACAAGGUCAUGUGGGGAGUCUUGAAGCUGAAGAACAUCCAGACUAUCAUCAUUAUCCACCUGAUCGCCAAAAUCGGCUUCCAAGCCAACGACGGCGUUACAAAUCUUAAGCUCAUUGACAAGGGGUUCAGCCAGGAAGAUCUCGCUCUCACCGUCCUCAUCGACUUUCCCUUCGAGAUCGGUCUCGGAUACUAUGCUGGAAAAUGGUCAACAACUUAUACGCCCAUGCGGCUCUGGUGCUAUGGCUUCAUAGGUCGUCUUGUUGCAGCCGUACUGGCGCAAAUUACGGUCGUAAUAUUCCCAGCUAAGGGCGUUGAUACCUGGUAUCUACUCGUAGUCAUCGCAUCACAUAUUUUCUCGACCUUCACUAACACGGUUAUGUUCGUUGCUGUCUCGGCAUUCCAUGCUCGGAUCGCAGACCCUGUUAUUGGAGGGACUUAUAUGACUCUGCUUGCUACGGUCUCCAAUCUCGGUGGCACCUUUCCCCGCUUCUUUGUCCUCAAACUCGUCGACGCCUUCACGGUAGCCUCUUGCAUUCCGCCCGGGGUCGGCUUCAAGUUUCCGGAAAACCUCCGUGGGCCCCUCGUAACCAACGCCUUUUCCUGCUCCGCCAGCGCCGAGAAAGACAGGUGCAUCCAAGGCGGCGGUACGUGCAAUAUCACGACGGAUGGAUAUUACGUGAUGAACGUGGUGUGUGUGAUUAUCGGUGUGGUGACUUUUUGGGGGUAUAUCAAGCCUGCGGCGUUGAGACUGCAGGCGUUGCCUCUCAGGGCGUGGAGAAUCUCCGAAUAG